ACCUUCCAUUCCCGGCCCAAAAAUUUCACAAAACUCCUCCCUUGAAACGACAAACAAAACUCCUCAUUCCCUCUUCUCUAUCCUCCCUCUCUUAUCAAAGAGGGUAAUCCCCGCCACUCGGCUGUGCAAUACACUGCAUUAGUGCAUUGCACUGCACUACCCUUUUCCAUGGCUGCGCCUCCACUUUUGCGUGGCCUGCCCCUUCUCCGCCUUCGCCUUUUCCUUCACAACCACCAUAAACUCACCGCCGUCUUCAUCACUCCUAUCCGGCAUCGCUUCUGCUCAGCCGCCUCUUCUGAGUCAACUCGUUCGGAAGAGGAUGUUUACUCGUCGGCGAGUGAAUUGUUGAGGGUUAAAGAGCCUCCCAAAUUAUUCGACGGAAUUGAUGAGCUUAAUUAUAGAAAAUGGAAAGAUAAAGAAGAUGAGAUUCUUCGGGAUAUUGAGCCUGUUACUUUUCUUGCCAAAGACAUUAUCCACUCUAAUAGGUACAUGGAUGGGGAACGUCUUACAUCUGAUGACGAAAAAGUUGUCAUAGAGAGGUUGCUUGCUUAUCAUCCUCGUUCUGAAGAUAAAAUUGGAUGUGGACUGGAUUCAAUUAUGGUUGACCGGCAUCCUCAAUUUCGACAUUCAAGGUGUCUUUUUGUUGUAAGGACGGAUGGUGGAUGGAUCGACUUCUCAUACCAGAAAUGUUUACGGCAGUAUAUUCGAAAUAAAUACCCCUUUUACGCUGAAAGGUUUAUACGGGAACAUUUUAAACGCAGCAGUGGUUAGCUUUUGAAGACAUCCGGGCGUCAACUAUUUUUGCUGUGACAUGAAAGGCAUCAGGCAAAUGCUUUCUUUUGGUCCUUCGACCAGUCGCCAUAGUAUUGCUGGUAAUUCGGCCUACAAGUAGCCAUUGUGAAGGCAGAUAAUUUUUGAUUGGCAAUGGGUAAUGAUGUAAUAGUUGAGACAGAAUAUGAUGGGAUUCUGCACAGUUAUGAAGCUGAAAGUCAUCAGACUUCAUGUAGAUUUCAAGUUUUCUGGUACCACAAGUAGGAAAAAUGUAAUUUGUGAAUGUAUUGAACAGAAUCAUUUUUCCCUGAUGCAAUUAAUGUACAUAUUAGGAUUUUGAUUUUAUGUAAUUUGGAGUUUGUCUA